CUUCGGCCGCGUUUCAAAUCAGGAAGAUUGCCCGAUUGUGAAGCUUAUCCCUUUUUAUAUACAAGAGCAGAUUGCUACCUUACAUAUUUCUUGUUCUAGCCAUUAAAUGGCUUUUAUUUUGGAGAUUCUAAGCGUAUUUCUUGAAUUUCUCUUGGUUGAUAGUGACUGGUAAACCACGGAACCAAUCUAGUUAUAGCAACCGGCCCUCAUGAACCAGACAUUUGACUGUGGCAACGGGAAUUUUUCAAUUGACAAUAUUGGCAGCAACAUAUCUGCAUCGGAGAUCAAUUUGAUAUACCAGUGUGGCAUUAGCCUUGGCAAAGUGUCCAAGCUGGCUGGGGUUAAGACUAACUUAGCAACUUGGGCACUAUGGCUCAUCCUACUCAUUGACCUAGUCACUGUCGUCGUGCCUGGUUUCUAGAACGAUGUCGGAUUUAACCAGACAGCGUACCAACAGUUAUUCGUUUCGACAACGGUCUACGUAAUCAGCGCUACUAACAACAUCACAAUCUCCAUCAAUACGGCAUAUAUUAAUGUAUCA